AUGAAAAAUGUCUCUUGUUUUUUUUGUUGUUGUUUUGUUUCAGAAGAUGCCGUUCUGCUGAAUGUGCCUGUCAUUCGGCAGCUGUACCACUGGGACUGUGGCUUAGCCUGCUCCAGGAUGGUCCUAAAGUACGUCCACCCGGUGAGUGAUGAGGAGUUUCAGAGGGCGUGCUGGGAGCUGAAGCUGACAGAGAGUGUGUGGACCAUUGACCUGGCCUACCUCAUGUGCCACCUCGGAGUGGAACACCGCUUCUGCACGCAGACCCUGGGAGUGGACAAAGGCUUUAAAAAUCAGUCCUUUUAUAAGAAGCAUUUUGACACAGAGGAAGACAGAGUCAACAAGCUCUUCCUAAACGCAGAGAGCAAAGGCGUGGCGGUGCGCAAAUGCUCGGUGACCGUUCAGGAGAUCCAGAGCCACCUGGAGCAGGGCCACGUCGCCAUAGUCCUGGUCAACGCCGUCGUCCUCACCUGCGAGCUCUGCUCCUCGCCCGUCAAGUACUGCUGCUUCCUGCCCGUGGGCCAGAAGUGCUUCUGCAGGAAGCCGGAGUACCAGGGCCAUUUUGUGGUGGUGUGCGGCUUCAACAGGACCACCGGCUCCAUCUUCUACAACAAUCCCGCGUAUUCCGACCGCGUGUGCUGCACCAGCAUCGGUAACUUCGAGGAGGCCCGGCGGAGCUACGGCACAGACGAGGACAUCCUCUUCAUCUUCAAGGAGAGCCGAUGA